AACCGUUUAGACCGUUAUCUGGCGGCACCGCCGAUCCGACUACUCGACGCACAUUUUGAUGUCGUCAACUUGGCCGUUUUUUUCGAUCGAUUGCUAGGGAGCCGAUUUUUCAUUUACAUAAUAUAUCGGUUAAAUUGUUUUUGUGUUUCCAGAGAUCUUAUGAUUUUCUUCAUCCGUCUUUGUUUACUAUUUGUUUCUUUCGUACAAUCGAUAUUUUUUAUAGGUGUUUUAUGAUAUUAUGUGAUUAUCUAGUCAUCUACCUAUCAUUAUACCGUUUUAGCAGGUUAACAUUCACUGAAAAUAUAGGAAAUCUAACAGUCAUAUUUGUUUGCCAACCAUUUAACUGUCGCCGGUAUGGCGUCUGUAGAAAAUGGAACGCCGCCUGCGGCUCCCAAAUCAAAGAAGACCGCUGUCGAAGAAAUCUAUCAAAAGAAAUCUCAACUUGAACACAUAUUGCUUAGACCUGAUACAUAUAUUGGCUCUGUCGAACCUGUCACAGAGUCUAUGUGGGUCUAUGAUUCUGAAGAAGAUUCUAUGGUUCAAAGAGAAAUUACUUAUGUACCUGGACUUUACAAAAUUUUUGAUGAAAUAUUGGUGAAUGCUGCCGAUAAUAAACAGAGAGAUCCGAGUAUGGAUACAAUUAAAAUUGAGAUUAAUAAGGAUGAAAACAUAAUAUCAGUUUGGAACAAUGGUAAAGGUAUUCCUGUUGUUGAACAUAAAGAUGAAAAAAUGUAUGUACCUACAAUGAUUUUUGGACAUCUUUUAACUAGUUCUAAUUAUAAUGAUGAGGAAGCAAAAGUUACUGGAGGAAGAAAUGGAUUUGGUGCCAAGCUCUGUAAUAUAUUCAGUAACAAAUUUACUGUCGARACAGCUAGCCGUGAAUAUCGCAAAGCAUUUAAACAGACUUGGGCAGAUAAUAUGGCUAAAUCUUCAGAUCCAUCCAUAAAAGAGGUGAAAACUAAUGAUUAUACCAAAGUAUCUUUUAGCCCAGAUUUAGCGAAAUUCCGUAUGACAUGCCUUGAUAAAGAUAUUGUUGACCUAAUGUCAAGGCGAGCCUAUGAUGUUGCUGCAUCAUCUCGUGGUGUAAAAGUAUAUUUAAAUGGCAAACUUCUUCCAAUAAAAAGCUUUCAGGAUUAUGUGAAUUUGUAUAUCAAAGGAAAAGAAGAUGAAAUAGGAAAUCCUUUAAAAUUAGUGUAUGAAAAUGCAGGACAACGGUGGGAAAUUGCAGUUACUAUGUCAGAUAGUGGUUUUAAACAAGUAUCAUUUGUGAAUAGUAUUGCUACAACCAAAGGUGGUAGGCAUGUAGAUUAUAUUACUGAUAUGAUUGUUAAACAACUAGUGGACAUAGUAAAAAAACGUAAUAAGGGUGGUAUGGAUUUGAAGAAUCAUCAAGUUAAAAAUCAUCUGUGGGUGUUUGUGAAUUGUCUUAUUGUUAAUCCUACAUUUGACUCUCAAACCAAAGAGCAUAUGACAUUGCAAGUGAAGAAUUUUGGAUCAAAAUGCACAUUAAGUGAGAAGUUUAUUACAGGUGUAUCCAAAUGUGGUAUUGUUGAAGCAGUACUAAGUUGGGCUAAAUUUAAAGCUCAAACUCAACUACAGAAGCAAAGUGGUAAAAAACAAAGUAAACUCAAAGGAGUGCCUAAACUUGAAGAUGCUAACGAUGCUGGUACCAGAAAUUCAAUAGAUUGUACAUUGAUAUUAACUGAAGGAGAUUCAGCUAAAUCAUUGGCAGUUUCUGGAUUAGGUGUGGUUGGUCGUGAUAAAUAUGGAGUAUUUCCUCUCAGAGGUAAAUUGUUAAAUGUUCGCGAAGCUUCUCACAAACAAAUCAUGGAUAAUGCAGAAAUAAGCAACAUUGUUAAAAUUGUUGGAUUGCAAUACAAGAAAAAGUAUGAGACAAUGGAAGAUUUAAAGUCUUUGAGAUAUGGAAGAUUAAUGAUAAUGACUGAUCAAGAUCAGGACGGUUCUCAUAUUAAAGGAUUGAUAAUUAACUUUAUUCAUCAUAAUUGGCCAACAUUGUUGAAAUUACCRUUUUUAGAAGAGUUUAUUACUCCUAUUGUAAAAGCCACUAAAGGAAAAGAAGAAACAUCAUUUUAUUCAUUACCUGAAUUUGAAGAAUGGAAAGAUACUACAAGAAACUGGAAUAAAUACAAGAUAAAGUACUACAAAGGUUUGGGUACCUCAACUUCUAAAGAGGCYAAAGAAUAUUUUCAAAAUAUGAAACGCCAUAGAAUAUUGUUUAAGUAUGAAGAUGCUGGUGAUGAUGAACAUAUUGAAAUGGCUUUUAGCAAAAAAAUGGUUGAUUCUCGUAAAGAAUGGUUAACCAAUUGGAUGGUUGAAAGUAAAAGACGUAAAGAAGCUGGUUUAGCRGAAGAAUAUUUAUAUGAAAAGAACACCAGGACUGUUACUUAUAAAGAUUUUGUGAAUAAAGAAUUAGUUUUAUUCAGUAACAUGGACAAUGAACGAUCUAUAGCAUCUGUUGUUGAUGGAUUAAAACCUGGAUCUCGAAAAGUCUUGUUUACUUGUAUUAAACGGAAUGAUAAACGUGAAAUUAAAGUAGCUCAAUUAGCUGGUUCUGUAGCUGAGCAUUCUGCAUAUCAUCACGGCGAAGUGUCUUUGAUGUCAACAAUUGUGAAUUUAGCACAAAAUUAUGUAGGAAGUAACAACAUAAAUUUGCUACAACCCAUAGGUCAAUUUGGUACUAGACUUCAAGGUGGAAAAGAUGCAGCUAGUCCUAGAUAUAUUUUCACAAUGCUCAGUCCCUUGACCCGAUUGAUCUUUCAUCCCCACGAUGAUCCAUUAUUAACAUAUCUUCGUGAUGACAACCAAAAAAUUGAACCUGUAUGGUACAUGCCAAUUAUUCCUAUGGUUUUGGUAAAUGGUGCAGAAGGUAUAGGAACUGGGUGGAUGACCAAGAUACCGAAUCACAAUCCAAGAGAAGUUAUUAGUAACCUUAAACGAAUGUUAAGAGGUGAAGAACCUUUACCAAUGAAACCUUGGUACAAAAACUUUGCUGGACAUAUUGAAAAACUUUCUGAGCAAAAAUUUAUUAGUAGUGGUGAAGUGGGUAUAAUUGGACACAAUAGAGUAGAAAUUACAGAGCUUCCUGUUGGGGUUUGGACUCAAAAUUAUAAAGAGAGUGUGUUGGAACCUAUGCUUACCGAUACUGAAAAGUCUCCUGCUGUUAUAACUGAUUAUAAAGAAUACAAUACUGAUACUACAAUCAAAUUUGUUAUAACAAUGACUCCAGAAAAACUUCAAAAAGCAGAAAACGAGGGUAUCCAUAAAUUUUUCAAGUUACAUUCGUCUAUUGGUUUAACUUCUAUGUGUGCAUUUGAUAAAGAUUGUGUCUUGAAAAAAUAUGAAGCUACUCAGCAAAUAUUACGUGAAUUUUAUGCUGUUCGAUUGGACUUUUAUGGUAAACGUAAGGCCUAUUUGGAAGGCAUGUUAGGUGCUGAAGCUGCUAAAUUAACCAACCAAGCUAGAUUCAUUGUUGAAAAAUGUGAUGGAGAUUUGCGAAUUGAGAAUCGUAAGAAAUCUGAAAUGGUCAAAGAAUUGGUAAGACGGGGAUAUAACAGUGAYCCUGUCAAAGCGUGGAAACUAAUUCAAGAUAGAGAAUCAGUAUUGUUAGAUGAAGCUCAAAGAAUUGCUGAAGAAACAGAAGAAGAUGAAACCACUCCACCAACUAGUGCCACAUCUAAAGACGAUGACAAUUUAGACUAUGACUAUUUGCUUGGUAUGUCUUUCUGGCAUUUAACAUUGGAGAAAAAGAAUGAACUUUUAAGAAAGAAAGAAGAAAAGUGUACUGAAUUAGAUAUCUUAAAAAAGAAAUCUCCUGCUGAUUUAUGGAAUGAAGAUUUAGAUGCAUUGACAUUAAAAUUAGAUGAAGUUGAAGAAAAAGAAAGACUUGAUGAAUUAGGUGAUGAUUCUGGAAAAUCAAAAGGAGUUGCUAAAGGUGGUAAAUUAGCACUUGGUAAAAAAAAACCACUCUUGGCUGCUGAUUCAUUGCCAUCGCCUGCUGCAAGACGUGUCAUUCCUAAAAUUGAUGCUGAAAUGUUAAAAAAAGAAGAGAAGUUAAUAGCUGCAAAAGAAAAUAAAGGAAAACGUGCUGAGAAAAAGAAAAAAGGUGAAGGGGAUGAAGGAGGUGAAGAUGAUCCAAAACCAGAAAAGAAAGCUCCUAAAAAGAAAACGGAUGGUUUAAAACAAACCAAAUUAAAGUUUGAAAAAAUUGACGACGAUGAUAAUGAUGGUGGUGGUAUCUUAUCAGAUUCUCCUCCACCACCUCCUAGAACUGUUAUGAAACGAAAAUCUGCUGUCAACAUUUCGUUUAAACUUGAUGAUGAUGAUGAUGAUGAGGAUGAUGAUCUAGGAAAUAAAUCUGACCAAAGUUUUAAGACUUCGCCAAUACGUAAUGCAUUUUCAGAUGAGGCUACAUCAGAUGAUGAGUUUGUUCCAAAAAAGAAGAAAGAAUCUCCUAAGAAGGCUGCUAAAAAAGCACCUGCUAAAAAGAACAAUGGUACAGCUAGUACUAAAUUAACAGCAGAAGAUGGGCCUGUAGCAAAAAAACCYCCAGCUAAAAGAGCGCCAGCUAAAAAAGCUCCAGCUAAAAAAACUACUGUGGUUAGUAUUAGUGAUGAAGAUGAUAAUUCUCCCGUAACUAAGCCUGCUAGGAAACCAAGAGCAGCUGCUUCUAAACCAAAACGUAAAUACAGCUCCUCUGAUUCAGAUGAUGUGUUCAAAUCUCCAUCUACUAGUAGUAAACCUCAAAAAUCUUUUGACGAUCUAUUUGGAGAAAAUACAAAGAAGGUUAUGUCUGAUGAUGAUGAUGAUAGUUUUAAAUUGUCUAAUUCAUCAGACGACGAUUUUAUUCCAAAAUCAGGAACUAAAAAGAAAGCUUCGACAAGAAAACCUCCCGCAAAGAAGGUUAAAGCAAAAUCUCCUUUUGAUUCAGAUUCUGAAUAAAACCAUUUAUGUACUUCAAUUAUGCAUGUUUAAUUGUGAAUCCUCGUUGUAUCAUAAUUAUUUUAUUCUUUUCUGUUAUUUUCUUGAAGAACUUAUUAAAUAUAUGUCUUUUAAUAGAAGAUUAAUAUUUAAGUACCUAAUUUAUGUUCAGUUUAAACUAUUAUUAAGAAAUUUUAAAGAGCACUUGAAAAUUUUCAGAGUAA